AAGAUAAAUUAAAAUAUAAAACAGUAAAGUUACUGUUGAAUGUGAAAUUUAAAAGCAAAAGAAGCAGGAAAGAAUGAAAGAGAGAGGAAAAAAGAACCUAAACAAAAUUAGAAACGGAGGAGAUUUUAUUACAUUCAGGAAAACAAAACAUGCCAACAACAAGAGUCCUUUGGCUUCAAAGGGAGAGAAAGAAACAAAGAAAGCAAAGCAAACUAGCAAAGAACAAAGAAAUAACAUAAAAAAAAGGGCAAGUGGUAAGAGAGAGUUGUGGAUGCUUUGUGCUAUAAGCUACAACUCAAACUGGCCUCGUCUAUGCUGUAUUGGGCAGUCAGGUUUUCACAAGAUCUUCUAACCUCGCUAACACCUUCCCUUACUACCUAUACUUCCUUUUAGCUAGCUCACAACUUUCCUAGGUUAUCCUUUUCUUUUUCUUUUAUUUUUUUUCUCCAAAACCUCCUCCUUUGAAUACUCAAGUCGACCUUUCACUCAUUUGCUUGUUUUAGCUUUAUAUACAAAGACAAAGAGAGUUUUUAGCUUUGCAAAGUUAUCUUGGUAUUUUUUUUUUAGUCUUGAGAGAAGAUGGUGAUCAUAAUUUUUUAAGUUCUGUUUCUUGAAAUAUAUAUAUGUUUUGAUUUUGAUCAUAAACUGAGAAAGUUGUGAAAAGAGAUGGAAAAAAUGUGGGAUCUUAAUGACUCUCCUGAUCAGCCAAGAGACGAUGAAUCCGAGGGGUGUUCAUCACAGAAAACUUCCAACGAUGGAGAUGAAGAUAAGGGGAAACGGGUCGGAUCCGUGUCGAAUUCAAGCUCGUCUGCUGUGGUGAUCGAGGAUGGAUCGGAAGAAGAGGAUGGGGAGAGAGUUCAAGCAGCUUUAAAGAAGAGACGCAGCAAGAUUUUUGGGUUCUCAGUGCCUUAUGAAGAAGAGUCCAUGGGGAGCGACCCGGAUCCUGUGACGCGGCAAUUUUUCCCUCUUGAUCAAGACCCGGAAAUGGGUGCCACUUCUGGUGGAAGUGGAUCAGGGUUCCCUCGGGCUCACUGGGUUGGUGUCAAAUUCUGUCAAUCGGAGUCUCUUGUCCCUGAAACAACUGUCGAAGCGUCACAGCCGAUGAAGAAAAGCAGGAGAGGACCCAGGUCAAGAAGCUCUCAGUAUAGAGGUGUUACUUUUUAUAGAAGAACCGGCAGAUGGGAGUCUCAUAUUUGGGAUUGUGGAAAACAAGUUUAUUUAGGUGGAUUCGACACAGCACAUGCAGCUGCCCGAGCAUAUGAUAGGGCAGCUAUCAAGUUCCGGGGAGUGGAGGCAGAUAUAAAUUUUAGUAUUGAAGAUUAUGAGGAAGACUUGAAGCAGAUGAGUAACCUAACCAAGGAAGAAUUUGUGCAUGUACUUCGCCGACAAAGCACUGGAUUUCCUAGGGGAAGCUCCAAAUAUAGAGGAGUAACCUUGCACAAGUGUGGAAGAUGGGAAGCUAGAAUGGGCCAAUUUUUAGGCAAAAAGUAUGUUUAUUUAGGCUUGUUUGACUCCGAGAUUGAAGCGGCAAGGGCUUAUGACAGAGCAGCAAUUAAGUCCAAUGGCAAAGAUGCUGUUACUAACUUUGAUCCCAGCAUAUACGACAAUGAGUUCAACUCUGGUGAAACUUCAGGAAAUGCUGGAGGUCACAACCUUGACUUGAGCUUGGGGAAUUCAACCUCAAAGCAAAGUAAUCCAGAAUUUGGUGCUGAUAGACAAAAUGCUGUAGGUGAUCAGCAUAGUCUUCCACCUGAAGCUGAUUGGCGAUAUCGGGGAUUUAGGCCUAAGCUAAUGAAUAUGCAGCAGAAACCUUGUAGAAGUGAUGAUCCUCACCGAAGAUCUGAUAGAUAUAGCGAGGCAGAAACAAUGCAGUUGUUGAGCCAAACCCACAUUCAGUCUCCAGCCUCAGUUAAGUCUAAUGAAAUGCAAAGAUAUGGACAGUUGAGAAGACCUGAAGAGAACCAUAUGUCUGGCAUUCUUCCUCAACACGUUAACCCAUCAACUUAUCAGAUUCAUUUUCCAAGCAACAGCAAUGGAAUCCGAAUUGGGAGUGAUCUUUCACUGUCAACUAGUGAUCGACAAUGGCAACCGGGUCCUCACCAAUUGUUUGCAAAUACUGCAGCAUCAUCAGGAUUCCCAUCGCAGAUUAGACCAUCUCAAACUUGGCUGCAGAAAAAUGGGUUCUACUAACUCAUGAGACCCUCCUGACCCAUCUAAAAAGUAGCCAUAUAUCUUCUUCACUAACUAAAAUCUCUCUCUGAUCACCUGUUGGUUUUAUAUGCAUGUAAAGAUCAAUGCUUUGAGAUACUCUUUUUUUUUU